ACGUAUUAAUUAAGUUGACAGUGUGAACGGACGUGUCCCACUCAUUCGAGAAGCUGACUCAGUACGCGUCAAGCCUCCACCGAAGGAACUCGUGUAACGGUAAAUUUUCAAAAUUCGAACGUUCAAUUCGAACCGGCCAAUAGCCAUCGUCCAAUCCGAUUUUUUUGCAUACAGAGUGUUCCGUUAGUGUUUAUGUGAAUCUACAGGGUGCUCUAGUGUCGGAUAAAGUGGAUAUUUGACUCGCGUUGACCCGGUGUAAAAACAUCGUGAACCUCAUCGUGCAUAGUUGACCCAUUCACGAACCGACGCCGGAAACAUUAUGCCUUAUACGUACAACAGUAUCUGAAGACGGACCUGAACACCUUAACAGUCGAGACACCGUUAAUUAUGCCAAUUUAUUAACACGAUCCAACAUGGAAGAAGUAGCCGCGCGUCCCAGUUUAGAGUACAUCCCUCCUCUGCCCCCCAAAACUAAGCAAAGGGGCUCGACUACAUUCACACAAAUAAGAACAGAAGAUACAAGUUCGAAAUCGAACGGUAUUAAUGCUGAACGCAACAUGGAUUCGCUGAGUUCAAUGCACUCGCUCGUCCUUAAUUCUAAGACCCCAUCCACAACGGUAUUCAUAGCGGCGACCCAGUCAGAACGACCCGCGAGCACGCCAACCACGGACGCUCUCAACGGUCCACACGUGGUCACAAUCAGAAUCAACACCGAUUCAAACAAACCGAAAGCCCCCAAAAUAUCGAGCGUGCACCUCAAAAGCGACAUCGACUACGAUCAUUUCAAAACAAGCGACGUAUGCAGAAAAAGCAAUAACAGCCUCGUCAGAUUGAACGUCGAUGAGACUACACCCAAAAUUAUUGAAAGAGAAGAAAAUAAUAAGACUGAUAUAGCUCCUUAUAUAUAUUGUAACUCAUUCAGUUCGAUGACCAGUAUGGUUAUGUCGAGCGGUCAAUGUUCUCCGAGUGACACUUUAGAUUCGGGAACUUGCAGCGACCUUGACGGUACCCCACCUCCGCUACCCAAAAAGAAGUCAUUCAAAUCCAAUUCCGCAAAGAAAAUUGUGUCGGUAACUUUGAUUCGCAACGGCAGCCAAGGCGAACUAGAUUUUGAAGAUAACGACUCGAACAUAUCGUGCGAUUCUCUAAACAGCAGUGAAUUCAGCGGGAGCGUUCACACCGACGAAAGUCACAGUGAGUAUGGCAAGAAAGAUAAGAAACUCGAUAUACCAGUCGCGCCGGUGAUGCCAGUGUUCAACAAAACGGCCGUCAAAGACAGCUUUCUGCCGCAAGGUCUACUUCAAGACAUCAGAGACCGCUCGGCCAAACUCAGCACAGUCGAAACGGAAAGUCAAAACAAUGAACACGACAACGAGGAAACGAACCAGAAUAUUAAUGAAGAUGCUAAUGUCCCUAAAGAAAGUGCACAGCUCACUUCGUUCCGUCUGGUUUCGCAGUUUGAUAGACAGACAAAAAACGUAAGCGAGUCAUUACCGAACCUCUGCUCCCAAACGCCUCUAAUAAACGAAAGUACUUACGAGGAAAGAAAGAAAGAGGACAAAAUAAAACAAGAGCAAAUGUUUUAUAGCAGUCAUUAUUUUGAUACGGACAAGUUUUACGAUUUCCAUCUAAAUGAGAAGCAAUUUGACGAGAAUGACUCAUUGAAAAGUGUGAGUGUUAGCAAAGUGGACAGUGAAGUGAGUGAUUUAGAAUAUUUCGCCGGCGUCAAGGACUUCAAGAACGAGGACAUGCCCUCGACUAUUAAAAGUUCAAAGGGUACGAUCCGUGGCGUUAAAAAUCGCGUCCGGGCCGGCAUAGCGACCUUCAUACAAAUGCAGAAUACGACAAAGAGUUACAAAGAAAAAGACGCGGGAAAAGUUGUUGUCUACACGACAACAAUGGGUAUCGUCAGAUCAACAUACCAACGCUGUGUCCUCGUGAAGAAAAUACUUCGGAACCUCCUCAUCAAGUAUGAUGAGCGAGACGUCUUCAUGAGCAUCGAGUAUCAAGAUGAAAUACGGGACCGGAUGAGGAGUGAGCAGAUUUUAGUGCCACAGCUCUUCGUGGAUGGACAACAUAUCGGGGAUGCGGAAACCGUAGAGAAACUUAACGAGAGCGGAGAGCUGCGGAAAAUGCUGAAGCCUUACAAGAGCCCCGACGCGUGCACCACGUGUCAGAUGUGCGGUGGCUUCCGUCUUCUACCCUGCAGGAUCUGCAAUGGAUCCAAGAAGAGCCUCCACCGGAACCACUUCACUGCCGAAUUCGUGGCUCUCAAAUGCAUGAACUGCGAUGAAGUUGGUCUCGUGAGGUGCGAGGCUUGCUCUUAGUACAGAAACCGUUUCAAGGACGCGAGCGACUUGUGAUAAUUAACAAAAUUUCAAUAGAUUUAAGAUUAUAAAUGUAUUUGUAAGUAGUUAUAAAGUUACAAUACUAAACAAUAGAGCUUAUAGAAUAUAUUAUGUUGUUUAGCCUAAGACCGAUAAUGCGUUGUUUAAGCUGCUCAACACGACGGAUAAAGUUUAGCUAUGUUAAUAACAUCGCUGGCAGUGGAAAGUGUCAAUGCUUUCGACUCAAAACUUUUCAUUCAAUGUAAUCGCUACAAAAGGGUACGAGAAUGAUGUACUACCUCAGUCUGCACGGAAAAUGGGACCUUGUUAUUAGAAGCACAAGCUUAGAUAUCGAUAAUGACAAAUUUCGGAUUGCGAUCGUUUACACAUGUAUUCAUUCGCACGAUAUCGAUUUUUGCGGGAUCACAUCGGAUCUGUUUCAUUAAUGACGAGCCAUUCGAUACACUCGGCACGCGUAACGUUACAGCGAUUCCAGAUUUUUUGUGAACCCGUUUAUAGAUGCGGAAACCGCUUACCCGACUCGUGUGCUGUUAAAGUAACUAGUUUUGUUUCGGCAGUCGAGAUGCGACCUUAUUGACAGACGCCCGAAGAUACAGAAUCGUUUUAUUGAUACCUCUUUUCAUCUUUGGUUAUUGAUUUUUAUUUCGCAUUAAAGCUUAAGAUGAAACCGGCUUACAAUUUUUUUAUUGAGCAUCCAAUAUCAAUGAAAUGGGGAAGAUUGGUUAAUCUCUUUCGUUUUUCCCUAUUUAUUUACAUGGACGUAUACUUACAGAUAUAUAGUCCAUUACGUUCUUAAAGUCCUAAAGUCGUUGUGGCCUAAAGGAUAAGACGUCCGGUGCAUUCGUAUCAAACGAUAUGGCUUGGUGUUCGAAUCCCGCAGGCGGGUACCAAUAUUUCUAAUGAAAUAUUGAAGGAAUAACAUCGUGUAAUAAAAAUCAAACACACAAAAUUAUAAUUUAUGUUUAUGUUAUUUAUCUGUGUAAUUGUGUAUGUAUAUAGUUUGAUAUUAUGUAUUAGUGUUUUUUUAGUAGUAUUUUUGUUAUUUUUAUUGCUAAUUAGAUUGUACUCAUCUACCCACUAAUGUAAAGCUUUCCUUCUUUGAGAACGGUUAGCUGGUAGAUAACUCAAUUGUUGAGUUAAGCUCGCCAUUUUUUAUAUCUUAUCCCAAUUAAUGUAUUUUAUUAUCAGUGUGUACAAAUAAAGAAUAAUAAUAAUAAUUUACGUAAUUACUGGUGCUAGGAACUCUUGUGAGUCCGCACCGCUAGGUACCACCACCCUGCCUCUUUCUGCCGCGAAGCAGUAAUGCGUUUCGGUUUGAAGGGUGGGGCAGCCGUUGUAACUAUAUUGAGACCUAAGAACUCAUAUCUCAAGGUGGGUGGCGCAUUUACGUUAUAGAUGUCUAUGGGUUGCAGUAACCACUUAAUAAAACACAUAAAUAAAAAAAAUCUGUCUAAAAUGUUGAGUUGCUAACGAUGUACGUCGCGUUAUUCUCUAACAUUGCUAUUUGAAGAAACAGUAGGUUGUGAGAAUUUGUGCAAACUUAACCUUUGAAGGAACGGCUUCUCGUCAGAAGUUUGCCAGAUAAGAUGCGUUGAUUCGUCGCAAUAGCCCAACGUAAAGUUGACGGAUACGUGCUGUAGCUUCUGCUAAUAAAAACUUAACGGAUAAAAUCACAAAACUACGAGUAAAAAUAAAUAAUAUUAUUACAAUAAAUAAUUUUUACUGGUGGUAGGAUCUCUUGUGAGUCCGCGCGGGUGGACACCAGCACCCUGUCUGUUUCUGCCGUGAAGCAGUAAUGCGUUUCGGUUUGAAGGGUGGGGCAGCCGUUGUAACUAUACGUGAGACCUUAGAACUUAUAUCUCAAGGUGGGUGGCGCAUUACGUUGUGGAUGGGCUCCAAUAACAACUUAACACCAGGUGGGCUGUUAGCUCGUCCACCCAUCUUAGCAAUAAAAAAAUAAAAAAAAGAAUUGUUAAAAAAACCAAAACACACGCUUUAUAUAAAAUUCAACUAAAAAUAGAAAAUAAAUUUUAAUAAAUUUAAAUUGAAAUUGUGCUUUUUAAGAUAUUAUUGAAAUAAUAAUUCUUCUACUCAUAUCUGUAGAUUUUUUUUUAUAACUAAUAACACCAUGCACCCCACGCUUUUUUUACAAUAAAAUAUACUUUUUUUACACUAUUUUCAAUUUAAAUUUAUUAAAAUAUAUUUUUAGUUGAAUUUUAUAUAAAGCGUGUUUCUUAGUUUUUUUAAACUAUUAUUUAUUUUUCAUUUUUUAGUUAAUUUUUUUUUUGCAAAGUGAUAAUGGAAUAUCAAAUUAGUGUAUUGUCAUUGUCCUCGAUAAAUUUAUAAAGCUUGAAUGAAAUGUGGCCGUUUAAAGUGGGUCAAAAUCGUGUCUAAACGAGUCAGUUACAAACAUACAAACAUACAUACAAGUGAAGCUAAUAUAAAGUGUGUAAAAACCUUUGGUUCUUGAUGAAUAUUUUAUAUAAUAACACAAUGUCGUCAAACAUUUUGGCAAGCGUUAAAAUGUUAUAUUUGUCUCCCUCUUUCGGUCUAAGUUUGAGCGUGUAAUUUUUUUUUUUCACUCUGCUUAGGAAUAAAUUUCAAAGUUGUAAAUAAAAUUAUGUCAUUUCGAAAACUGAAUAGACAUGUAUCUUCUAUUUUAGAUCUAUUUAAGCUAACUUUAAAUCAAAGAUGAGGAAAGAUAGUGACGCAUGCUUUUUUUUAACAAAAACACUAUUUUAUAAUUGAGUUAUUAUUGUCAAUUUCGAAGCACUGUCUUCUGUGUGUUUCACAAGUACACGAGUGAGAAAAAGAAUUAAUAAUUUCAUUUAUAUAUUUUAAUUAUAUUAUAUUAUAGUGUUUUAAAAAUUUUAGAAUAUUAAAACAAUCACAAUUUUAUCUAUUUUAUUUAGGGUAAGUUUUAUUUUUAUGAAAAUAUGAUUUAUGUUACAGUUUUUGCUCAAAAAUUACUACGGGCAUUUUAGGUUUUACCAACGUAAGCUAAUGUAAGUAUUUCCUUUAUUUUCAAACUGUAUUGUUAUCUAUGAGACCAUUUUUAGGGUUAAUAUUUCUUCAAUUAAUAAUUUAUACUACAAUAAAGUUUAUACUACAGUCAAGGAAGAGUUUGGACCUCAACAUAUGUAAGAGCAAUUUCCAAAAACAGUUACGAACUGCUCUGAUACAAGAUACGAAAAUUUAAUUAAUGUUCGAAUCAAUAUAAUAGGUUGGGGGAAAAGUUUCUUCGCAUUGUUUAAGAAAAUUCACUACAUUUUUUAAAAUAGUUUAUUUACAUUUAACUAAAGUAUGUAGGCACCAUUUUGUUCGAUAACUUUUUACCAUCUUGUACGUAGGGACAUGAUCCCAUUGCUAUAGAAAUUUUGGGGCUUCUGAUCAAAAUACCCUGAUAAUUGGUUUUGGCAGUCCUCUCGUGAUGUUAACCUGACACUGCCUAAAGAAUUCUGAAGAGACCGAAACAGGUGGAAAUCUGAAGGUGCAAGGUCAGGACUAUACGGCGGAUACAUUAACACCAUAUUUUUUUUAUAUCGAAACAACAUAAUGUAUGUGAGAAUAUGUUUUCUAAGCCAGCUCUGAUUGGACUUUCGUUUUUACUACGCUGUUAUUACAACGACCCAAUCACACCCAACGGCACUGAACAAACAAAGUUUAGUUUAGUUUAAUAAAAAAAGUGUUUAAGUGUUUGUUCUUGUUUGCUGCACUUAUUACUAAACUAAGUUAUUACUAGACUUAAAGACAAAAACUAAUUUAUUGGUCCUUCAUGGAAGAUUUGCCGUAGUUAUGUCAAAAGAAAAUGGCGGACAUUUUUAAAAAUGAAAAUCGCUUAACAAAUGAAAAUCAGCUUUUGGCAUGCGUACUCUUCAUUCGGAGCUCACAGGUACGGUCACUGGUGCUCACGAUAGACAGGGUAGGCUAACCAAGUUAACUAAUAGUCGAAUUCGAAGCGAAGUUGACUAUUUGACGUUAAGUGAAGUGAAGAAGAUGUGAAGUUUAAAUUUAAAUAAAGUGUUUCGCAUUAAAAUUGGGGAUGAUAAAAUUAAGCUGAUCCAGAGAAAGCACCUGGCUAUCUUAGCCUUGUUAUUAUCAUUAUUGUCAUCAUCAUUAUUAUUAUAUUAUUAUUAAACAUUAACUUAAUUACUCAAGAAUUUUGCUUUCGCUUGAUGGCUUUAGUAAUAGUAGUACUCCGAUAAAUUAAUUCGAAAUAAAUUUGUAACACACUGUAUUUGUUAGAUAGAUUAUGAAGUUAAAUGAAUUGUAUGAUCGUUUAAAAAAAUAUAAUAUAUUAAAAUAUACUCUAAAUACUCGAAAAUAGUAUGCCAUAAAUAAGAUGCAAUGUUGUUUUCUAUUUUUCUACAGAAUUAAUUCUAGAUUUCACUAAGCACUUUGUAAAAAAAUAUUCUAACGUAUUUGUUGUAUUUUUAAGUAAUAAUUGUAAUUAAUUUUUUUUAGAAAAUAAACUAUCUAUUACUAAGA